UGUGUGUGUGUGUGUGUGUGUGUGUGUGUGUGUGUCCAGCCGUCGGUGCAGCGCUCUGAUAUGAUCAGCCUGAAGUCUCGAAUGUCGAACUUCGGCCUGCAGCGUUACCAGUGGCUCACACACACCUGGAACAGCUUCCAGACAGAGUUUAAAUGCUGCGGGGUGAUCUACUUCACUGAUUGGCUAGAGAUGACGGAGAUGGAGUGGCCUCCUGACUCCUGCUGCUCCAAUCAGUAUCCAGGAUGUGCUCGCCAUGCCCACUACCACGACCUCAGUGACCUGCAUCAGGAGGGCUGUGGUCCAAAGAUCUACAGUUUCAUUCGAGGGACGAAGCAGCUGCAGGCGCUGCGCUUCCUGGGCGUGUCCAUCGGCGUGGCUCAGAUCCUGGCCAUGGCGCUCACCCUCACGCUGCUCUGGGCGCUUUACUAUGGGCAAAAGUCUCCAGAGCUGGACGCCACGGCGGCACCGAUGCCGGACGACUCCACCCCGCUCACAGCCGAGAACUCGCAGUCAGGCUGCAACCGCACGAACAAGAGCUGCACCGUGAUCACCAGCAACGCCAACAAACCCGGUGAACUCCAGUUUGAGAUGGAGCGGCUGUCGUAGCAGACGGAGUCAAACCGCAGAACACAACCGAAGGACACGAAAGUCUUAUUAAAGCUGUUUAAUUCAUCAUUUCUGUCAGUAACAGACUGUAAACUGAUCAGGUUCAGAUCUGAGAUCUGACAAUGCGCUGAUCUGAUCCGGAGAUAUGAUGGUCUGAUCCGGAGAUCUGAUGGUCUGAUCCGGAGAUAUGAUGGUCUGAUCCGUCGUGUUUCUUUACUCAGUGACGUCACUGUGAUCUCAGAUAUUAACUCAAUGAGUAAAAUUAUUUUUACUGAUAGAAAUGAUGAAUAAAACUACCAACAUAUUGACUUCACUGCAGAUUGGAAGUGAUGAUGAGGGGAAACAAAAAGAAAAGACUUUUGAUGAACUUUGAACCAGUGGAGGUUCUUUUAGGGAAUUCGAUGGAUUCUGGUUGAUUUUUUGGUACUUUGUGGUUUUUCACUGGAUGAGAACAUGAACUGAAGCACUGAUGGAAACAACCACUGUCUAAGAAAAGAAGGACAUCUUCUCUUCGGGAUUCUCACCACUAAAAAGACGUCUCGACAUCGACUGCUUGAAGAACUGUCUGAACUUUACAGAAGCGAGUCGUUGCUGUCAGUCGUUGAGGAGUGUCAGGACCCACUGGAAGAUAAGCAACAUGUUUAUCAGAGUGUCAUACUGAGAAUAUGUGCAUGGUGUUGAAUAUUUAAUGAUAUUUGUCUCACAGUUAUUGGAGCGUUUGAUCAUUUUCUCACUGCAAAAAAACCUGAACAUUAAAGCUGGAUUUGUCUGUCGAA